UCCUUCUUCUCUAGUGGAUUCCCUCCUUCCGUACUUGCUCCCUCUCUUAGCCCCGAAGGAAUUGAGUCAAUGAGUCAUUGACUUAGGACGGCGUUGCUCCUCUUAUCAUCGGCAACCUUCAGCAGCUAAGAGAAAAGACCAAUAGAUCUCCAAGACAUUCAUUCUUCCACCAACCAUCGUCUAAUGAAUCCUACGCAGCACGACCAACUGGAUACUUUGGUGGAAGACAGGAGAGAAGGCCGGCUCAUCCUCCAAGGAGACGGAGACGGAGACGGAGACGGAGACGGUUCCUUCCUCUCGGCAAUCGCUGCCAUCGAUGGCGAUGAGCUCGGCGCCGAAGCCCUUGACAAUGACGAGAAGCUGGCUCAGGAACUACAGCUCCAAGAGGUGCUCAUGGCCUCCACCGAGUCCACAAAGCCACAAAUCGAGCCUGGCGAGCCCUUGGCUCCUCCCCUUCCCUGCUGCUGCGAGAUCUGUGCGAGACCGAUGCCAUCGCCGGAGGUUUUCCGAGCGCUGGCAUGCUCUCACGCGCUCUGCCGCGCUUGCUCGGACCACUACAUCGAAGCAGAGCUCCAGAAGGAUGAUGCUUCUUCCGUCAAAUGUCCCCGUGCAAGCUGCGACUCCGUGCUCGAGCCCGAAUCUUACAGGGGUUUUGUCCGGCCGGAGGUCUUCCAUCGGUGGCUUGAUGCCCACCGGAGAGGUGAUCAGAAGAAGAGCAUCGUCCUAAUGGAACAGCGUCAAAGCGUAGAGCAACGCAGCGAUCCCAUCUUCCACGUCUCCAUCCAAGGAGAGUUCGACCGCCGCGACCUCCUCCAGCUCACAAACACCUUGCUUGAUGCUGUGGCAGCGCCGGGAGAUGGCGGGGGCGAUCCAAGGGGGAAGCAACUGAUCGAAUUCCCUCAUUCCAUGACGGAGAUCGGGCAGUCGUCAAACACUUCGCAGGUCGUCGACGAGUUCUACUGCGCUAUCUGCAUGGAGUCGAAGCCUCUUCACGAGGGCUUCGACAUAAAUGGUUGCUCCCACAAGUUCUGCAUGGACUGUGUGGGACUCUACAUUGCAGCGAAGGUCGGAGAGAAUUCGACCGUGAUCGGCUGCCCUGACCCAGGAUGCAAAGAUGGGAAUCUGGAGCCGGAGAUGUGUCGAUCGAUCCUCCAAGGAGAAGUGUUCGACCGUUGGGGUGUCGUUCUGUGCGAAUCGGCGCUUGGAACGGCGAAGUUCUACUGCCCCUAUAACGACUGCUCGGUGCUGCUAUCGAAGGAAGGUAGCAAUAAUGGUGGCGAGCAGGUGAUGACGGAUGCGGAGUGUCCUCAUUGCAAGAGAGUGUUGUGCGCUCGGUGCGGCGUGCCAUGGCAUGAGGGCGUCGACUGCGAGCAGUAUCAGCAGCUGGAGGAGGAUGAGAGGGGGAGGGAGGACCUGAUGCUGAGGCAAUUAGCCAGAGGAAGCAAGUGGCAGAGGUGCCCCAAGUGUAAGUUCUAUGUGGAGAAGAUUGAAGGUUGUGGUUUUAUUAGCUGCAGGUGUGGAUUUCACUUCUGCUACGUCUGUGCAUCUCCAUUGUCGAAGGACAACCAUUAUUGCAACAAUUGUCUGGGCGGUACUCAACAACCUUAAACUCCUACUUAACAAAAAUUUGUGAGAAAUUCUAGCUUAGUCAAUUUUUGUUAUCUUUUUUCCUAGAAUUGCUUUCAGUGUGUUCCAUCCAAGAAUUUUGUCUUGUUUUGCAAGAUAGAGGCAUCUAAAAAGAUUAUGUUCUUUCUAGUGACACAAAAGAUCUUGUUUAGUGGGGCAAUUCUAUUUGCAGAAGUUUGAACACUUUUAAAACA